ACAGAUGGCUCCGUUACAAACAGCCUCGUGGAUCGGGCUCGACUGCGUGUGUGAGCAGAGCUGUGCUCACACACGGUGCUGUGCUCACACACGGUGCUGCUGCAGGGCUCAUGCUUCAGAAGGGUGUCAGCCAGCUGCGGGCAUCGCCCCGGCCACGCCGUUCCAGCAGGCACCCGCGGCUCUGCCUUUGUCUCCAGCUGCAGGAAGGCACUAGAGCGUGGAUGUCACCGUGCCAGCGCCCAAGGGCUCGGCCGAGGCCUGGGGGACGGCAGCCAGCUCUGUGAGGCCAGGGCAGGUCCGAGCCUGCCGUUCCCAUGGGGAGGGAGCUGCGUGUCCGUGCCCAGGUGUCUGCAGCUCAGCCCUUUCUCCUCUCCCCGGAGCCUCGCCCUGGGCUGCGGUGCAGCCACGCAAGCGGUGCCAGCGCUAUCUCCCAGCAGAGACGUGCCAGCCCCUCCUGGCUGCAGAGAGCAAAAAUAGCUAACUAAGAAGAUAGCUCGAGCGUACUUGGGCACAGGUGGCAGAGACAGGAGAAGCUGUGAGUCAGAGUGCAGACAUAACUGAGCAACUUGCAGGGAGCAGGAGGACAUCUGUCCCAUCUCAGAGCAUCCCCCAGGGCUGGGCUGGGGCACGGGCACCCAGCUGCUCCCCCUGUGUGGCGUAUCGCUGCGGCUCCCGCCCUCAAGAUGAGCUCUGAUCCCAGCUGCCAGCCCUCUGCCCCCAUGGAGGCCCUCUACUCUGCCCUUGAAGGUGAGAUCGAUGCCUUUGUGGGGUGCGUGCAGCAGUGCCAGCACGGCUUCAAUCUGCGCACCCUGUACAACGUGCUGCUGCUGGUGCUGCCGCACAGCCCCUCGGGGCGGCUGGAGAGCUGGGAGGAUCUGGAGCAGCUCUCCAAGCACCUGCCUGGAUCACCAAGGCCCGAUGUAUGUAGCUAUGUGGGCUGGCUGGGCUCCUACCUGCAGCACCUGCGGGCAAUGAAGGAGAGGUUUGACACCAGGGUGGUGUUCCCGCUGUGUGAGCACCUGUACGUGCAUGAGGAGCUGCUCCCCCCGGCCUCCAUCCCAUGCCUGGCCGCGCUCCUCUUCACCCGCCGCCGCAACUGGGCACUGCUGCUGCGGGGAGGGAUGCUCCACGAGAGGGUGUUCAGCCCCCGCAGCCUGCGCGACCUGCGCAGCUUUGCCAACGCAGGGCCCAUGGCGAAGGUCCUGCGGCUGCUCCCUGACAUCUUCCACCAGAGCCUGGCCACGGCUGAGCUCGCCCGGCAGUGGGUCCAGCUGCACCGGAGCAGGUACAGCCUGUGCCCACCUCCAGGCUCCGUGCAGCCAAGCAGCAAGGCCCCUCGGCCCCCAGGCUCUCCCAUCCCAGUGCAGCUUUUGGGGGCGGGGAGCAGUGCUGGGGUGCUGCGGGCCCGGCUGCAGGAGAGCCGGGAGGAGCUGCUGGCCCUGCUGCCCCGUGCCGAGCGAGCGGCUGCCCUGCACGCCCAGAUCUGCAGCGUCACCCGGCGCAUCCGCGCCCUGCGCCUGCAGCUGCAGUGCCAGGGGACGGAGCCCAGGGAUGCGGGACGUGGGGGGCAUCCACCUCCAGCUGCCCCGAAGAAGGAGCUGCAGAAGCACCUGGAGCUGGAGGAGUACCACCGUGGCAUCCUGGAGGCCGACUGGCUGCUGGAGCUGGAGGUCAGGCCCGUCCUCAUCCACAGGAUCAAUGCGGUUCAGCAGCGCUGCUGGCACCUGGAGAGGAUGCUGUGGGACCAGGUGCUGGCUGUCCCACAGAGGGAGCAGCCCUGGAACAGGAUGACCGCCACCCCUGCUCAGCCCUCUGCCACCUGCCCCAUCCCAGCAGGCAAACCCAGCCCCAGGAGCAGCCAGCAACACAGACUGCAGGAAGCAGGGUGAUAUCCUGGACCCUGCAGCACUACCAGCACCUGCCCCCAGGCUGGAGGCAGCUCACAGGGACCUGGAAGGGUGCUGGGGCAGGGCUGCAGGCUGUCUGCCUGGAGUGGCUCCAAUCUGGGAAGAAAGCAUGGAGGGAAAGUGUAUUUAAUGAGAUGUUUCCUCUGUACUCA